AUGCCUGAACCGAUUCCUGGCCCGGCACCGCUGCCGAUCGUUGGCAACGCUCAUAACCUCGACCUUGUAAACACCUUUACUACCUUUGGGAACCUCGCAGAUAUAUAUGGACCCGUCUUCAAGCUUACGCUGGGUGGUGAAGAGAAGAUAUUCAUCACGACUCAGGCUUUGAUGAAUGAGGUUUGCGAUGAGAAACGCUUUUCGAAGCUAGUUGCGGGCGGUUUAGCUCAGAUUAGAAAUGGAGUUAAAGAUGGGCUCUUCACGGCUCAACCAGGAGAGCACAACUGGGAGAUUGCACAUCGUGUUUUGAUGCCAGCAUUUGGUCCAUUAUCUAUCCGGUCCAUGUUUGAUGAGAUGCAUGAUAUUGCGUCGCAGUUGGUGAUCAAAUGGGCACGAUUUGGCCCCAAUGAAAAAAUCCAUGUGACGGACGAUUUCACGAGGUUGACGCUCGACUCUAUUGCCCUUUGUGCUAUGGGAACCCGGUUUAACUCUUUCUAUCACGAGGAGAUGCAUCCAUUUGUCAAUGCCAUGGUUGGGUUCUUGGCUGAAUCUGGAGCCAGAGCAAAUCGACCAGCUGUUGUCCAAUAUUUCAUGCACUCGGCUCAGCAAAAGUAUGAUGCUGAUAUUGAGCUGAUGAAGAAGGUGGCUGGGGAUUUGGUUGCGGACCGGAAAUCUCACCCUAAUGAUAAAAAGGACCUACUAAAUGCCAUGUUAAAAGGAAAGGAUGCCAGAACCGGAGAACAAAUGACGGAAGAGAGUAUAAUGAACAAUAUGAUUACCUUCUUGAUCGCUGGUCAUGAAACCACUAGCGGCCUUUUGUCGUUUUUGUUUUAUUACCUCUUAAAACAUCCAUCGGCAUAUCAAGCUGCACAACGCCAGGUGGAUGAAGUCGUGGGCCGUGGCCCGAUUACUGUAGACCACAUGUCUAAAUUGCCAUACAUAGAGGCCUGCAUGCGGGAAACGCUCAGGCUGUCGCCUUCUGCAACUGCUAUACAGAUGCAGUCUCGGCCGGACGGUACAGAGGAUCCAGUAUACCUCGCCAACGGGAAAUAUGAGGUUAAAAAGGGCCAGCCAAUUGUUUGCGUUAUACCACAAAUCCAUCGUGACCCAUCAGUUUAUGGAGAUGAUGCAAAUCUCUUCAAACCAGAACGGAUGUUAGAUGAGGCAUUUGCGAAACUCCCUAAAAACUCCUGGAAGCCGUUCGGGAAUGGUGUACGUGCGUGUAUUGGCAGGCCAUUUGCGUGGCAAGAGACCAUCCUCACUGUCGCAAUGCUCCUUCAAAAUUUCAAUCUCCGUUUCGAUGACCCAAGCUAUCAGCUACAGAUAAAGCAGACUCUCACUAUCAAGCCUAAUGGCUUUUUCAUGCGUGCGACUCUGAGGCACGAUGUUGACCCUGUUCAGCUUGAGAAGAUGCUUCAUGUGAGCAUAGAGGCGGAAACUAGGGUGACAGACAAGGACAGGAAUGCUGGUGCUUCGUCAACUGGCGUUGCAAAGAAGCCUAUGACGAUACUUUACGGUUCAAAUGCUGGGACUUGCGAGGCCUUGGCACAGAAUUUGGCUAGAGACGCAUCCAGCAGAGGUUAUGCUGCUCAAGUUGGACCCUUAGACUCGGGUGUUGACAAGAUACCCAAAGACCAGCCCGUGAUCAUAAUUUCAUCCAGUUACGAAGGCCAACCUCCUGAUAAUGCUGCUCAUUUUGUCGAAUGGAUUCAAGGCCUUGGUAGCAAUGCGCUUUCUGGUGUGAAAUACGCAGUAUAUGGCUGUGGAAAUCAUGAUUGGACGUCCACGUUCCAUCGGGUACCAAAGCUCCUGGACGCCGAAUUCAACAGGUCUGGAGCAACUAGAGUUGCAGGCAUUGGGCUUGGGGAUGUAGCUGAUGGGGACAUUUUCAACCACUUUGAUAAAUGGCAGGAUGAGCAACUCUGGUCCUCUAUUGGAGGUGAGGUAGAUCCUACGGAAGAGGGUACAGUAGAGGUUGAAAUUGAUACGGAUGCCCGCAAAUCCACUCUCCGACAGGACGUUAGAGAAGCAACCGUCAUCAGCAAUAGGGUGUUGACAGCACCAGGGGAACCGGAGAAGAGACACAUUGUCUUGAAACUUCCCACUGGGAUGUCAUACAAGUCUGGAGAUUAUCUUGCUGUGCUCCCUAUCAACGACCAGAGAAAUAUCCGGCGAGCCCUGAACCGGUACAACUUGCCAUGGGAUGCCAUGCUCACCAUUAAGGUCGGUGCAAACACGACAUUGCCAACGGGUCACCCCGUUUCAGCAAUGGAUGUCUUGAGUGCAUAUGUAGAACUGGGCCAACCAGCAACAAAAAAGAACGUGGCCCGUAUUGCUUCCAGUAUCUCAGACGAGAAAACCCGCGAGGAAGUUCUAGCACUUUCAAGGGAAAAUUUUGAUAAUGAGAUUCUAAAGAAGCGCCGCUCUCCGUUGGAUUUGCUUGAAGAAUACCCAUCUGCCGAGCUGCCUCUGGGUGACUUCCUCGCAAUGCUGCCGCCAAUGCGCAUUCGUCAAUAUUCGAUAUCUUCGUCUCCAUUGGCGGACCCGACAGUCGCAUCCCUUACUUGGUCGGUUCUAGAUGCGCCCUCCCGGAUCGCUGAUUCAAAACGGUUCCUUGGUGUGGCAUCCAACUUCCUCUCCAAAGUUGCAGAAGGCGAUAGAAUUCACGUUGCCGUGAAGACCAGUCAUGGCAACUUCAACCCUCCCAAGGACAUCGAGAACACACCCAUCAUGAUGUUCUGUGCCGGGACAGGCCUUGCCCCCUUCCGUGGUUUCGUUCAAGAGAGGGCAAUCCAAUGUCAAGCGGGACGAAAGGCCGCACCGGCAUACCUCUUCAUUGGCUGCAGACAUCCUGACAAGGACGCUCUCUUCAAGGACGAACUUGAUAAAUGGGAGAAGGACGGUGUAGUAACGGUGUUUUAUGCGUUUUCCGCAGCAAGUGAGCAGAGCAAGGGCUGUCGGCAUGUGCAAGACAGACUCUGGGAGGAGAGAGAUGCGAUGAGAAAGGUCUUCGACCAUGGUGCAAAACUGUAUGUCUGCGGAACUAGCAUGGUCGGAGAGGGUGUGGCAUCGACGGUGAAGAAAAUCUUCCAGGACUAUUGCCUCUCUGCUGGCAAGCCAAAGACAGAUGAAGAGGUUGAGAGUUGGUUCCGGGAGAUCAAGAGUGACCGUUAUUCCUCUGACGUCUUCGCAUAG